UGCUGCAAUCGUCUUUCAGGUAUGGAAGAGAGCAAUAAGGUCUGCCCUCAGCCUCCUCUUCCCCAGACUAAACUAAAUGGUUAGUUAUCAUUACACAGUCAUAUGUUAGUCGUUACUGAGCUAAUCUCUGCAACUAGCACUGAUAAAAUGCACAAAUAGUUUUCAGUAAAAGGUGAACAAAUGAUGGAUUUAAUGAAUAAUGAUAAUAAAUGAUAACUGAAAAUCACCUUGCACACGCACAGAGGACAGCCUUUGGAAUGGGUUUGGCUGCUUGCUUACUGGCAACCAAACUACAUUCAUGUGAGAACAGACGUGGUGAUGUUUAACGCCUUUCUUCCAGAAGAGCAGUGACUGCGAGGCGAUGGACGUGAGGGCGGCCCUCUGCCUGCUGCUCUGGGCUGUGCUGUUCCCAGCUGCACCACGCGCUGCUCCUGGGGUCCUCAGUAAGGGAUCCAAGGCUGGUGACCUGCAAGAUGGGUGUAGAGAUCUGAUUCCCUGUGAAGACAGUGGAACUCUCUGCAUUCAGGCCUGUUCUCCCUCCUUCCACGGUGAAACAAGCUUUGUCUGCGAAAACAGAACGUGGAGAAUGUUCACAGAUGCUUGUGCAAAUCUGGACGUGCAGUCACUUUUUCAGAGGAUUUCUAAACAGGAACCCCUUCCAAGCUCUGAAGGACAUGUUGGAGGAGGACACUUUCCCUUUGUAGUGCCAGGAAAGCCAACGCAUGGGAGGCCCGGAGAUGGAGCAAAAUAUUUUGGUGCUGAUGACCAUGGGAGAAGUAACUGUCAAGCUGAUUUCUCGUGCAUCAUCCCAGAUAUCUUGUCUUCACCUGCAAUUCCAGGAAAUAUUGCCGAUAUCGUGGAACUGCUAAAGAACAUUUCCCUAAUGCUAUCAGAGGAUGUCAAUAGAGGAAAAAUGCAGAGUUACAGCAAGAUAGCAAAUCACAUUCUGAACAGCUCCGUUAUUUCCAAUUGGGCUUUUGUAAAGGACAGAAAUGCCAGUUCAACGUUACUGGACUCAGUGAACCUGUUUGCUGGCAAACUUCUUCUGAGGAACGGAUCAGAAAAUAUUCAGGAGCACUUCAUCUCUACAAAAGGCUUCAGAAUACAUCGAAAUGCUUCAGGGAAGAGCUUUGAUUUUUCUAUGGAGUUGAAUAAGACGAGCAAUGUCAGUGGGCGUGUGGUCAUUCCAGAAGAAGAACUUCAGAAGUUACCAAAGACUUCCAAAGCCAUCAGCAUUGCAUUUCCCACGCUUGGACCCAUUAUAGAAGCCAGCCGUCCGGACCCAGUUUCUGUGAAUGGGAUGGUUUUAUCUGUGUCCCUUCCAGAAGAGCUUCAGCAUAUUUUACUUAGCUUUGAAAAGGUGAAUAAGCUGGAGAAUGUCGGGGCUCAGUGUGUUGGGUGGCACUCUACUGAAAGGAGGUGGGAUGACAAGGCGUGCAAAAUGAAGUCUGAGAACAUCAGCAGUGCUGUUUGCAUGUGCAGGCACCGCCGCCGCACCUUCAGGUCCUUCUCCAUUUUGAUGUCUCCCACCUUGCUGAGAAACGCAGUGCUGGAUUACAUUACGUGUGUGGGGUUAGGCCUUUCUAUUUUCAGCCUGAUUCUGUGCCUGACCAUUGAGACAGCUGUCUGGCAUCACGUCACGAGAACUGAAAUCACCUACAUGCGCCAUUUUUGUCUGGUGAACAUUGCCACAUCGCUUCUCAUUGCUGACAUUUUGUUCAUCGUGGCAGCUGUUGUGCAUAACGCAGCCCUGAACUACCGCCUGUGUGUAGCAGCCACUUUCUUCCUUCACUUGUUCUAUCUUGCCGUGUUCUUUUGGAUGUUUACCCUGGGUCUCUUAAUUCUCUAUGGAUUACUAUUAGUUUUUUUUAAGAUAACAAGAUCAGUAUUCAUAGUUACAGCGUUCGUUAUUGGAUAUGGAUGUCCAUUAGUCAUAUCUGUCCUCACCGUCGCUAUUACUGAACCAAGGAAUGGGUACUUAAGGAGCGGAGCCUGCUGGCUCAAUUGGUAUGAGACGAAAGCCCUUCUGGCCUUUGCUGUACCUGCUCUGAGCAUCGUUGCAGUGAAUUUGGCUGUGGUAGUGGUGGUUGUGGUGAAGACUCCAAGACCCUCUAUUGGAGAAAGCUGCAAGUCACGAGAUUUGAGCAACAUGAUCCGAAUUAGCAAAAACGUUGCCCUUCUGACACCUCUGCUGGGCCUCACCUGGGGGUUUGGGUUGGCAACGGUGCUUGACAGUCACUCUCUGCCAUUCCAUGUUACCUUCGCGCUCCUUAAUGCCUUCCAGGGAUUCUUCAUUCUGUUGUUUGGGACACUUCUGGACAGAAAGACCAGAGAGGCCUUGAGGAAGAACUGCCUUUCAUCAAAGCGGGAGUGCAGCCUAGCAAAGGCGUAGCAGCAGGCUGCGUUCAGCGCAUCUGAGCAGUGAGAGGAAAAGGAGCUGUGGUACAGAAGCUGUGGUUUGAGGUCAGCCAGGAGCGCGCACAGCAGAGUCCCAGAGCAUGGCCGCAGGACGUGUCACAAACAGCAGAAGAUAAAGGGCCCCGGAGCUGCGGUCGGCAGCAGGAAGCCGUCGGUGCUGCUGCAGCCCUUGGGGAGGUGUGCUGUAAUGUGCAGAUUGCUUCCACCUGUGUGAAAACUGCUGUGAGGAGCGUUUGUCCCUGUUUGCCAUUUCAGUGCUCCAAGACUUCACGUCGGUGCAAUAAGGAACUGCACAGCAUGUGGGGCUGUUCUACAGACGUUUCGUUUUUAAUAUAAAGCACAAAUACUGAGCAUUAUCUGUUUAUUUUGUCUGUCCUUGCAUGCGUGCUGUUCUAUGGGGUGGCACUGUGUUUGUCAGACACCAGUCUGUGCUCCUGGAGCUGGGGAGAGCGUGACCCUGAUCCUGAACUGCACUGUUCUCCAUCCCUCACCGUGUGCCAGCGGAGCUGCACAGAACCGUUCAGCCCAGAAUUACAGACUUCUCAUUCUUUCUCCAGUCCUACAACAGGCUGACAGAUGGGGAGGGAGGAGCGCUUGGCGCAGAGUUUCCUACCCUCUUCAGAUGUAGGGGAGCACUCUCUUAAUAUACUUCAGGGCUGAAUUGAGGAGAUGGAGGUCCCCCUCAUUACCUGCGCUGUAGUGACUGAAGAGCAGUUUGUCCAUGGAUGAUGGUGUUCUGUUUUUACAAGGAGGUCAGUCCUUGGUCUGGGAUACCCUUCCAAAUGAAAGCUUGGAUAGAAA